AGACGGGGCGCUGGACGCCGGAUUUCCUACAACGCCUGCGGUGCACAAAGAAUUUCUAAUGGGCGCACAGUUACCAUUCCAUCGGACUGGGCUUUAAAGAACUGAAUCAAAGACGUAAACCCUAGGUGGAAAUAAAACCCUUCUCCCUUCGUUCCCGUUACUCCUCGCGCCGGCUUCCUCCAGACCUCCCAGCCAGCCAAUCCAUCCCCAAUUCUUUUGCCCUCCGCCAUGGACGACAUCUGCGAGGGGAAGGACUUCUCCUUCCCUCGCCAGGAGGAGCGUAUCCUCCAGUGGUGGAAGGAGGUCGCCGCCUUCGAGACCCAGCUGAAGCGGACCGAGUCCAUGCCCGAGUACAUCUUCUACGACGGACCCCCAUUCGCCACCGGCCUCCCCCACUAUGGCCACAUCCUCGCCGGCACCAUCAAGGACGUCGUCACCCGCUACCAGUCCAUGGCCGGCCACCACGUCACCCGCCGCUUCGGCUGGGACUGCCACGGCCUCCCGGUUGAGUUCGAGAUCGACACCAAGCUCGGCAUCCGCACCCGCGACGACGUCCUCUCCAUGGGCAUCGAUAAAUAUAACGAGGAGUGCCGCAGCAUCGUCACCAGGUACGUCAAAGAGUGGGAGGAUAUCAUCACCAGGACCGGGCGGUGGAUCGACUUCAAGAAUGAUUACAAGACCAUGGAUCCGUGGUUCAUGGAGAGCGUCUGGUGGGUCUUUAAACAGCUUCAUGAUAAGGAUCUCGUCUACCGAGGGUUCAAAGUUAUGCCCUACAGCACUGGCUGCAAGACUCCACUUUCUAAUUUUGAAGCUGGUUUGAACUAUAAGGAUGUGCCGGAUCCUGCUAUCACGGUGUCUUUUCCUAUAGUUGGUGAUCCAGACAAUGCGGCUCUAGUUGCAUGGACAACGACUCCAUGGACACUUCCCAGCAAUCUUGCUCUCUGUGUCAAUGCCAAUUUUGUCUAUGUGAAGGUUCGUGACAAGUUUUCUGGAGCAGUCUAUAUUGUUGCGGAGUCUCGAUUAUCAGAGUUGCCCAAAAGGAAAUCAAAAGCAGAUGGACUAGUUGCAUCCAUGCAAGAUUUAAAACUCUCAAACUCUAAGAGUAAAGGAACCAAGGAUGUGAAAGCUAAGAGUAUACCGGACACUGGGCCAUAUGAACUGCUUGAGAAAAUUGCUGGCUCUUCCCUGGUGGGCUCUAGAUAUAAGCCACUGUUUGAUUAUUUCUUAGAGUUUUCAGAAACAGCAUUCCAGGUGGUUGCAGACAAUUAUGUUACUGAUGAUAGUGGAACUGGUGUUGUCCAUUGUGCUCCUGCAUUUGGUGAAGACGAUUAUCGUGUUUGCAUUGCUUCGGGUGUAAUUCAAAAGGAUGAAGAUCUUAUUGUGGCAGUUGAUGCCGAUGGUUGCUUUACUGAGAAGGUUUCUGACUUCCAUGGGCACUAUGUCAAGGAUGCUGAUAAGGAUAUCAUAAAUGUGGUUAAGGGAAAAGGAAGACUUGUCAGUAUAGGAAGUAUCACACAUGCAUAUCCUUUCUGCUGGAGAUCGGACACUCCUCUCCUUUACAGGGCUGUUCCAAGUUGGUUUGUUGCUGUUGAAAACAUCAAAGAGCAGCUGCUAGAGAGUAACAAACAGACAUACUGGGUUCCUGAAUAUGUCAAGGAAAAACGCUUUCACAAUUGGCUGGAAAAUGCUAGAGAUUGGGCUGUUAGUAGAAGUAGAUUCUGGGGUACUCCUCUUCCUGUAUGGAUAAGUGAGGAUGGUAAGGAGAAAGUUGUUAUUGGUUCCAUCGGUGAACUUGAAGAGAAGUCUGAUGUUAAGGUUACAGAUCUUCAUCGUCACUUUAUUGAUCAUAUUACAAUUCCUGAUGGUCGUGGUCCUGAGUAUGGUGUGCUUCGCCGUGUUGAGGAUGUAUUUGAUUGCUGGUUUGAGAGUGGCUCCAUGCCGUAUGCAUAUAUUCAUUAUCCAUUUGAGAAUGCUGAACUCUUUGAAAAGAAUUUUCCUGGACAUUUUGUGGCUGAGGGCCUUGACCAGACUCGUGGAUGGUUCUAUACUCUCAUGGUAUUGUCUACUGCAUUGUUUGGAAAACCUGCAUUUAGGAAUCUAAUAUGCAAUGGUCUUGUCCUUGCUGAGGAUGGGAAGAAAAUGAGCAAAAGGUUGAAGAAUUAUCCCUCACCUAUGGAAGUCAUAGGUGAUUAUGGAGCGGAUGCUUUGCGAUUAUAUCUCAUAAAUUCACCAGUAGUGCGUGCAGAACCUUUGCGGUUCAAGAAAGAUGGCGUAUAUGGUGUUGUGAAAGAUGUCUUCCUUCCAUGGUAUAAUGCAUAUAGGUUUCUUGUUCAAAAUGCAAAAAGACUGGAAGUUGAGGGUUUUGAACCAUUUGUUCCUAUUGAUUAUGAUACUCUUCAAAAAUCUUCAAAUGUGCUUGACCAGUGGAUUAACUCUGCCACCGAAAGUCUUGUUCACUUUGUUCGCCAAGAGAUGGAUGCAUAUCGGUUGUACACGGUUGUACCUUAUCUUCUAAAAUUUAUCGAUAAUCUUACAAAUAUAUAUGUGCGUUUCAACCGUAAGAGGCUAAAGGGGCGUACUGGAGAGGAGGAUGGCAGGAUUUCUCUUUCGACUCUUUAUCAUGUGCUUUUAACUACUUGUAAAGCAAUGGCUCCAUUUACACCAUUCUUCACCGAGGUUCUUUAUCAAAAUUUGCGCAAGGUUUCUGUCGGAUCUGAGGAAAGCAUUCAUUACUGUAGUUUCCCUUCAACAAGAGGGAAGAGAGAGGAACGCAUUGAGCAAAGUGUUACAAGGAUGAUGACUGUCAUUGAUCUUGUCCGCAACAUUCGGGAGCGUCAUAACAAGCCUCUUAAAACACCACUUAAAGAGAUGGUGGUUGUUCAUCCUGAUACUGACUUUCUUGAAGACAUCACAGGGAAACUAAGAGAGUAUGUGAUGGAAGAACUCAAUAUAAAAUCAGUGGUCCCAUGUAAUGAUCCUUUGAAGUAUGCUUCUUUACGUGCGGAGCCUGAUUACAGGUAUGUUAUGGAUUCUUUAAUAAUUCCAUGCUCUUUCCAUUGUUUAUUAUAUUAUUUUUUCUUUUUGUUUUUUCUUAGUGUACUUGGUAAACGACUUGGAAAAGCCAUGGGCACUGUUGCCAAGGAGGUCAAGGCAAUGUCACAGGCCGACAUCUUAGCAUUUGAAAGAUCUGGAGAAGCUACCUUCUCUGGGCACUGUUUGAAGUUGACUGAUAUCAAGAUAGUGCGGGAAUUCAAGUGUCCGGCCAAUGUAAAGGAGAAAGAAAUAGAUGCUGCUGGCGAUGGUGAUGUUUUGGUCGUAUUGGAUUUACGAGCUGACGAGUCGUUGUUUGAGGCAGGAGUUGCUCGUGAGGUUGUUAACAGAGUCCAGAAGUUACGCAAGAAAGCUGGACUGGAACUGACUGAUAUUGUGGACGUUUACUACAAACCUCUGGACGAUGACAAAAAUAUUCUGGAGAAUGUUAGAAACUCACAGGAGCAAUACAUUAGGGAAGCUUUGGGUUGUCCUUUGCUUCAUCAUACUUGGACUCCACCAGAUGCUGUCAUAUUUUGCCAGGAGGAGUUUCAUGGAGUUUCUGGAGCAUCGUUUGUCAUAAGCAUUGCAAAGGCAACCCUGAUGUUUGAUUCUGAUGCUAUUCUUGCAUUAUUUUCAGGAAACAAGAAGCAUGCUGAUGACUUACAGAUAUAUCUAUCAUCAAGGGACCUUUUCAAUUUGAAGUUAGAGUUCCAAGUUGGGAAUGGAAAGAUCAAGGUGGAUUGUGUUGAGGAUCAGCCAGCAGUUGAUUUGGAAUUGGGAAAACAUGUCUUUCUGAGUGUUGGGGAUUACUUCUUGAGCAGAAAACAGUAAUUUAUCUCAAAGGUUGAGAUCAUUUGGUCCAUACGUUCUGCACAUUUAUUUGGACUCCACAGGAGAGGCCAUAUUGUUAUGAUUUUCUCUAUAAUCUCUAUAAUUAAUUCUCAAGGCAUGAUAGAGGGUUUUGCGAGUGUGAUGCACUGCUGCAACCAAUGCUCAAGUGUCCUGCAAUUCUGCAACAAUUUUUUGUAGUGCAAUUUGUAUAGCAUUUUCUGCUACCAUUUUUAUAUGCAUGUGUUUUGUGAAGCACCAAUUUCAUUUGGAUUAGCUAUAUUGACAGAUUUGUGCUAGUAGCAACAAAUGCAAUUACCAUCAGUUUUGAGUUCUGUGUGAUCGUGUAUUCAGUUGCGGUUUAGUUGAUGUAUGGAUGGAGGACUAUAUUAGUGAAAAUAUGUUCAUCCCAAGGUUUUUGAUCCA